AUCAUUUUAUAUCCCUUCAAGUACUUUCAGUUUAUGCAUCAGUAUAUGAGAAAUCUGGGAAAGUCUUGCAACAACUAUGGUGUAAAGGACUCUUGGAGAAGCAUUGCCUGGAGAAGCUCGUGGGUCGUAGCAUUAACGAGACAGUGGAGAAACACGUGGCAUUUGCUCGUAAACUCAGGGACUAUUUGGAGGGGCCAUUUCGCAAUCUAUUAAAAAGUCCUGCUCUUCCUUGCCCAUGA